AUGGGGGAAACAAAACCAGUCCUUCUAGGGGAGCAAGAGUAUCAUGGAAGGAUGUUUGUAGACCAAAGAAAGAAGGGGAGUCGCUGUGGGUAUCCUGGCUCAAGAUUACCAACUCGAGAUAGACUCAGAUCAUGGGGUCUUAACGUCCCUGAGAAAUGCCUCCGAUGCUCUGCUGCUGUAGAGACCCACCAUCAUCGCUUCUUUGAGUGUCAAUUUUUAGCAAGCAUAUGGACUUUCUUUGCAGGAUCAGUCUGGCGGCCUAACCCACCUCAAGACAUUCACUCUGCUGCGGCUUGGAUUUGUAUGGACAGAAAUUCUUCUUCAGCUCAGGCUAGGUGUAUUAUAAAGCUCAUGUUCCAGUCAACCGUCUACUUAAUAUGGAGGGAAAGGAACAGGAGGAUCUUCGCUUUAACUUCCUCGUCUGCUAACUCGGUUAGAUGUGCUAUUGACAAGCAGAUCAGAGACAGCCUGCUAUCUCUCCCGGCUUCUCCCCGCGUUCAGCCUUCCAUGCCUCAGUUCUUCCUUGCUUGCACUAGGCCGCCUUGA